CAUGACUCAUCCACUCGCCGACACGACGCCGCGCAAUUGCUGCGCUGCAAUGUCCUCGUCACUGGUCCUCCCCGACCGCAUACGACUCUGCAACUCCGUACACUGCUAAUUUUUCGCGCCCCUUCCGCCGGGUCUACUGUACUCAUCUCAGCCGUAACAUGUCGUCGUGCAUCCCAGAUGAGCUCAAGUCGGCUCCGACAGCUGCCAGCCAGACACCACGCGAUAAUCUCCAACCCGAUUCUGUGCCCGACGGACAUGCCGAGUCUGGCGAUGGCAGCGCGGCAACACAAGACCGCCCGACAUCCUCUGUGUUCGCGCGCGCCGACAGCGCUCCGGUCCACAACGUGCCGAUGCGUGUGAUUCACCGACCGCUGCCGUCCGAGCUCGACGAGGACAAAGUCCAGGCCUUCAUGGAGGAGAUGAGGACCGGGGACGUGUUCACGCCAAUCGAGGUCGUCAAGGUGCGCGCGCCCCUCAAGAACGACCCCACACGCACGCCGCAGAACUUUUACUUUGCAAUGGGCGGCUGUCACCGAUACGAAGCCACUAAGCGGCUGGGGCUCGAGACCAUCCGCGCCAAAAUCAUCGAGGUGCCCGCGUCCAACAUGCGCAUCUACAUGGGCGCAGCAUGUCCGUUCUGAA